AUGUCGGGUGCGUACGGUUACGAAGGAGAUGGAUCUGCUCCGCCGCCCAUGGGUGGGGGAGGCUACGGAGGAUAUGGCGGAGGAAAUAGUAGCGGCGGCGGCGGAUAUGGUAAUUAUGGAGGUGGAGGUGGAGGAGGCUAUGGUGGUAAUAGGGGCGGCGGAAGAGGAGGAGGUGGAGGUGGGGGAUACGGAGGAGGUGGUGGUGGAUACCAAGGAGAUCGAGGGGGACGCGGCGGCGGAGGCAGAGGUGGUGGUCGUGGCGGUGGAAGUGGCAGGGAAGGCGAUUGGCGAUGCCCUAAUCCAGGGUGUGGGAAUCUGAACUUUGCUCGAAGAGCCGAGUGUAACAAAUGUGGUGCACCGUCUCCUGCUGGAUCUGAUGAUCGAGGGAGUAGAGGUGGUGGUGGAAAUACUCGAGGUGAAAGAGGUGGUAACUAUUAUGAUGGUGGAAGUGGCAGAGGUGGUAAUGAUUAUGAUGGAAGAAAUAGUAGAGGUGGUUCUUAUGGUGGUAGUCAAGGAAGAGAUGGCGGUUAUGGGAAGGAUGCUCCAGUUGCUCCUGCAUCUCACAAUGGAGCGGUUCCUCCACCUGCAAGCUAUACUGGUGGCCCUGCUUCUUAUCCUCCAUCAUAUGCUACUCCUGCUGGAUAUGGUGGUGAUGCACGUAAUGAUAGCCGUGGUGGUGGACGAGGUGGCCCGCCUGGUGGAUAUGGGGGAGAUUUCCGAAACUCAUCAGGAGGUUAUGGUGGUGCUCCAACAGAGGCUCCAAUUGCAGUCAAGCAGUGUGAUGAAAAUUGUGGUGACACUUGUGACAACGCAAGAAUCUAUAUCUCGAAUUUACCUCCAGAUGUGACCACAGACGAGCUUAGAGAUCUUUUUGGAAGUAUUGGACAAGUAGCAAGAAUCAAGCAAAAGCGAGGCUACAAGGACCAGUGGCCCUGGAGUAUAAAAAUAUACACAGAUGAACAUGGAAACAGCAAAGGAGAUGCAGUUUUAUCAUAUGAAGAUCCAUCUGCUGCACAUUCAGCUGGUGGUUUUUUCAACAUGCAUGAACUUAGAGGUCACAAAAUUAGUGUCACAAUGGCUGAGAAAUCCGCUCCAAAGGGUCCUCCUGCAUAUGGUUCUGGGGGAGGUGGUAGAGGUGGCUAUGGAGGUGACAAACGUAGAGACGGUGGUGGUUCAGGUCCAAACAGGAACUAUCAUGGCGGAAACCGUUCACGUCCAUACUAA